AUGGGCGGCAAAGACGAACGCAAGGCUUCGCGUUCCCGGCGCGGCUUCCCCAUCGACAAGCGCAAGAUCGACGAGCUCGACGUCGUCUAUUCGGGAUGGAUCCUCAAAAAGAAGCGCAAAAAGAUGCAAGGGUACGCCAAGCGUUUCCUCGUGCUGACCAACGAAGGCAUCCUCACCUAUGCCCUCAGCCCCGAAAAAGCCACGCGCGACGCCAUCGAGAUCCCGCACGCCUCCGUCACCAGUAGCAUGCGUCACGGUACCAUCCACGUCGACUCGGGUUCCAGCGUCUUCCAUCUCAAGGCGCUCUCUCCGCAAGAUUUCGAAGCGUGGCGCACCCAUUUGCGCUCCUUCAUCCCCGACCGUCCCACAGGCAGCUUGCAGCGUCUCUACCUGUCCAAUGGCACCGAUCUGCAGCCGAUCGACCUCGCCCGGGUCUGGACGCACCUCGACCAGACCUCGGCGCUCGUCAAGGAUCUGUCGACGCGCUCGGGUGCGCUCAAGGGCAAGACAUCGUCCAAAUCCGCCACCGAUGCGAUCAUGGGUGCGCUUGGAGCCAAGUCCAACGACAACGCCGACGAAAUUGCCGCCUUCCACCUCACUGCCGAGAAUUUGGCGACCGAGUUUGAGCAGCUCAAGAGCGAGAUCGAGUCCAAGAUCCCACGCGUCGAUGCGAAUGCUGGCACCAUGCGAUCCAUGUCGGGCAUUUCCGGUAUUAGCGGUGGUGGAGAGGAUGGCCGCAGUCGCAGCAAGCGCCUGUCGAUGUCUUCGCUCGCUACUACGGGAACCGACUCUGCCAUCUUCUACGAUGCCGAUAGCCACGGCGAGGAGCUCUUCAUGGAUGAUGACGGCAAAGGCGACGAUGAGGGCAACGCAUCGCGAUCCGAGAGCAGCGACGCGGAAGCCACCGACUCGGAAGCGGAAGACUCUUCGCAGCCAGACACCAACGAUACACGUACGCUCUCCUCCGCCGAUGGCGGCAGCGGCGGUGGCAAGGCGGUGGUGCAAUACCGCAAGAAGCUCCCCGCCAAGGUCUCGGGGGACGAGGUGUCGCUCUUCAGCAUGUUGAAGAAAAACGUCGGCAAGGAUCUCUCCACGAUUUCGUUCCCUGUCUCGUUCAACUGUCCGCUCUCGCUGCUGCAAGCUGCUGCGGAGGAGUACGAGUACGCUGCAGACCUGUUGGAGCGAGCGGGCAAGUCGCAAGACUGGGUCGAACGCAUUUGCCUCGUCGGAGCGUUUGCUGUAUCUGGCUACGCGAGCACCAAGCUCCGCGCGAGCCGCAAGCCGUUCAAUCCCCUGCUGGGCGAGACGUACGAAUGCGUGCGCGAGGACAAGCACUUGAAGUUCCUCGCCGAAAAGGUAGUACACCAGCCGCCCGUCGUUGCCUUUUACGCAGAGGGCAAGGGCUGGAAGGCGCAAGGCUGGAGUGCAGUCAAGAACAAGUUCUGGGGCAAGUCGCUCGAGCUGAUUCCGGAGGGCAGCAUUCGCUUGGAAUUCGGCGAUGGCGAUGUCUUCUCCAUCCAGAAACCGUCGUCAUUCAUGCGCAACCUGCUCGCGGGUAACAAGUAUCUCGAACACGUCGGCGAGUUGACCGUCACCAACGAGUCCACCGGCCAACGCGCGGUGAUCGAGUUCAAGGAGGGAACCAUGUGGGGCGGGUCCAACUCGCGCAACAACGUCGAGGGCAAAGUGUACGACGCCAACGACUCGACCGUGACCACGGUCAAGGGCAAAUGGUCCGACAACCUCUCGCGCCAGAAGGACAAGGAGAACUACCAGCUGCUGUGGGAGGCGCACGAAAUGCCGCCGUACGCCGAAGACUACUACGGUUUCACCUACUUUGCCAUGUCGCUCAACGAGAUCACGGAUGACAUCAAGGACGUGCUCGCGCCGACUGACUCGCGUCUGCGCCCGGACCAGCGCGCGUUUGAAGAGGGCGACGUGGACAAGGCCGAGCAUCUCAAGCAGAAGCUCGAAGAGGCCCAGCGCGGCCGGCGCAAGAAGCUCGAGGCCGACGGCGAAAAGUAUACCCCACGCUGGUUCCACAAGACCGACGACGCACCGCACUGGCAGUACGGCGCCAGUGACGGCAGCGACUACUUCAAGCUGCGCAAGAAGGCGCUCGAAAGCGGCACCGCCGAGCCGUGGAACCAGGCCAGUGUCCCCAACGUCUUUGAUGUCUGA